AUUAGUUGCGUUCGGUCGCUUGCCGCCAGCAGUUGUGGAUCGCCUGCGCUAGCCAUUGACACUGCGCGCCUCAUUCUCAAUAUUAUCGACAUUAUCAUAGCUUUUCGAUUAUCGCGCGUAAAUAGAAUUGAGAACCAUGUCGCUGCUCGUGGUGCUGCUCAUUUUGUACAUCAUUUGGGAUGUUAACUACUUCAUACGCUGCAUUUUCACGGUGCUUGCCGGCCGGCUGUUCCAGGGCAAGCGCAAGGUGACGGACACCACAACCAUCUACGGGCUGUGCACCUCGCAGGACGUGGACAUCUUCCUGCGGCACAUGAACAAUGCGCGCUACCUGCGCGAACUGGACUUUGCCCGCUUCCACUUCUAUGCGCUGACCAAUCUCUACGAGCUGGUGCGUCAGCGCGGCGGCGGCGCCGUCCAAGGGGCCAGCAGCGUGCGCUAUCGUCGCACCAUUCCCAUCUUCCAUCCAUACAAGAUCCAGACGAAACUCGUCUGGUGGGAUGACAAGGCCAUCUAUCUGGAGCAACAGUUCAUCACGCUGGCCGAUGGCUUCGUCCGCGCCGUCGCCCUCUCCAAGCAGUGCAUCACCAAGUGCAAUGUCAACGAGCUGCUCAAGACCUAUCCCGAGGCGGCCAAGCGGCCAGAGAUGCCGGCGGAUCUCAAGCUCUGGUUGGAUGCCAUCGAGGUGUCCAGCCAAAAGCUGCGCAAAGACAAAUGAGCUCCAAUUGGGCCGGUCCAAUUGGAAUGAACUGCAUCCAAUUUCGUUUACGUGUAGUUAAGUCUCUUCUUCGCCUUCCUCUUUCUUUCCCAUCAAUAUUUUUUUUUAUCACUCUUUAGGCUUAGUUUCUUCUGCUUUCCCCUUUUCUUCAUCGGUUCGUUUGCAUAAAUAAAAUGAAAUAUAUUUUUGUAUGAGGCUAAAAAACGGGUUG